GUGCCAAAGGUUCGCCACCACGGGGCUAGAAGGUGACUGCCACCUCCCCUCUAUGGAUUGAAGGUUAGGCAUCAUGCUCAGAAACAUUUUUUAGCUGCUCCGUGGGAAACUGCGUGCCGGAGAAUGUCGACAAACAGUGUUGUUCUUUGUAUUGUCGAAGGCUUUCCCAGCCGGAAUCACUGGAGUGUUGUGGGGUUUCUGGGCCGUAUGACCGUGUUCCAGUAGCAUCUUCUCCUGAUGUUUCGCCUGCAUUUGUGCUAGGGAUGUUUAGAAUUUAUAUGCCCCUUUGUACUACUGUUUUUUUUAGAGCUUUAUCAGAAAUGAGGUAACGGCAGCUAUCUGGGGAGCCCCCAGAAGGGCCGAGAUGCAGAUCUGCGAGGGGUAGCCAAAGACAGUGGAUGAAAACCAAUUGCUGGAGGGUUCGGCCAAAUAUUUGACCAGCAGGUUUGUAGUCCUCUUUAGGGGUUGGGGUCUCCAGCCUGCCCUCAUUGGUUUCUUGCCUCCUUCAGCUCUCCUAGGGCCCAGGACACAAUGACAGCAAAGAGUCCAGCCGGCCAGUGUCAGCUGAAAGAGUUUGAGAGCGUCCACGACUCCCUCGUGGAUAUCAUCGGACAGCUACGUGACAUCGACCCCAGCCGCCUCUCCUUCUCACCCUUCCUUGACCUGGACACCCAGAUCUCCUUGGCCCCCAUCUCCGACAGCCCUGAAUCUUCGUUGGAAGAGCUUCACUCUACCGAGAAUGAGGAAGACAAGGAGGGGAACGUUUGCAGUCUUGUCGCGGUGCAGGUUCCAGAACUGGCAACGGUGGACCACGUGGGUAGGUUUCAGAAUCCUGUGACCCAGAAGAAUCCUGGGCCACCAGAAGCGAUGGAUGGAUCUAGAAAUCUGGUGGAGGAUGCUACUCUUCAAGAUGGGGUCCAGACCGUAGCCAUCAGAAUGCCCAGUGAGACGUCAUUUCUGGAUGCUGUCCAACCGCUAUCAGGAAGCCCACAGACACCUGUGGCACAGCAGGGCCAACUUGAGGUUCUAGACUCGCCCGAUCACCACGAACAUCAGCCCUUCCUGGAGGUGGAAGCCACACGGCACGUUUCCUGCCACAGUUUGGAGGACUCCGCCCCACGUUCCUGUGGCGGGAGAGGCAAGUGUUGUCGUGGCUGCUCCAGUGACCACAUGAAGGCCGUGGCUUCCGCCUUUGUGGCCCUGCUGCUUGCGCCGUGGUUCCUGUAUGGGUUUUACUACUUCCUGCCUCUCCAAGCUCCCACCUGUCCAGAACUCGCCAGCCGAAUGGCAUUUGCUCUGCGCUGCCUUUUGAUCGCCGGCAUUCCUAUCCUGCUCGGCAUCACUUUGAGGGCCUCUUCGGCCUUGUGCCUGGGCAGCCUUGGUCCGCUGGACACCUGCUCCCGAACAGUCCUGCUCCAUCAGAUGUUUGUUGCAGCCUCUGUGGACCAGUUUGCCAUCUUCUGCCUCAACUUGGUGGUGACGGCCACCUUCAUCCCUCAGGAACAUCUCCGCCUCAUCCCCAUCUUUGCUGGGCUGUUUUCUGUUGGCAGGUUCAGCUACUGGGUGACGUUGCAUCUCUGCAGUGCCUACCGAGGUUUCGGGUUCGGCCUGUCCUUCUUCCCCAACCUCGCCCUGAUGGCCUACAACCUCUUCUGCCUCUACGUGGUAUGGCUUUGGUUUUUCGUGGCUCGCCCCGCCGGGUUACAUCCCCCCCUGCUCUGCCUGCCCGACACUCGGCGAUUGUCUCGGCGGGUGAAUGAUUUCUCCGCCACAAACUUCAAAAUUAAGAUACCCUGCUUUUUUUUCUUCAUCCCUGCACUGACUUUCCAGGGCAGCUCUUUGGUUUCUCCGAAGCAGCCCUGUGAUUGUGCAACGGAACAUCUCUGGACAGGCAUUGGGAGAAGCAGGCGUAACCCAGGACAAGACACACUUAAAUCUUGCCAUAAACUCAGCAGACUGAUGCAGGUGACGUUUUCUUUCUGUGUCAAUCCCUUCUCUGCCAUAUGAUGAUUAGAGCCCUGGCGUCCUUUACAAGGAACAAAAAUCAACCGGGCAUAAAUAUAAACCAAUGGACAGGUUUGGCAACAACCCCAAAAUAAACGCCCAAUGCAAGGAAUAGUGCAAUUGGAUUUAUGAUAACUAUAUUCUUAGUCACAACUAUAAAUAUCCUAUAACUUAGCAACAUGCAAAUAUACAGGUAAGUUCAGAACAUUGAAAUAUAUCAGCCAAAUAUAACUGGGCGUCUCAUUAAUUAGAGACUUCGAGAUCAGAGUCUAUGUGUGUGUGGUGUGAGAGGCAA